AUGGCGGAUACAGUCAAUAUACCAGCUCCGGACCUGAAUGGCCCACAGAUCGCCAGCAAUGUCAAUUUCAUGGACAAGUACAGUGAGGAGCGGGACAAGCGCUACAAAGUUGGCGGCCGCUCCUACAUCGACCCGGCCAAGAGCGACAAGUUCAAGCACUUUCUGAAAGAUCCGUGGAUUAAAAAUGGCACUCCUAUCAACCGGCCGAUGGGUGUCAAUGGUCAUAGCAAAUUUCUCAUCCUAGGAGCUGGCUUUGGUGGUAUUCUGUUCGCUGUCAAGUUGAUACAGGCUGGUUUCGAUGCCAAGGAUAUCGUGAUUGUCGACCCAGCUGGCGGUUUCGGUGGCACAUGGUAUUGGAACAGAUAUCCCGGACUUAUGUGUGACACCGAGAGCUACAUCUAUUUGCCUAUGCUUGAAGAAAUGAACUAUAUGCCAAAGCGAAAAUAUUCCGGCGGCGAGGAGAUCCGCCAGUAUGCUGAGAGCAUUGCAAAAGCCUUUGGUCUGCAAGACCGUGCCCAGUUUCAAGCAUCAAUGCAAAGUGCUACCUGGAACGAAGAAGCCAAGCAAUGGAGUGUUGGUAUUGUGGAGAAGCCCAAGGGAGGUGAUGAAGUUCAAUCUACGAUCCGAGCUGACUUCGUGAUGUUCGCUUCUGGCGUUCUAAACAACGCGAAGUUACCGGACAUCGAAGGGCUAGAUGUCUUCAAAGGCCAUUCGUUUCAUACUUCUCGAUGGGACUACGGCUAUACGGGCGGCUCAAUCAGGGAGCCGGAUCUCGACAAGCUCAAAGACAAGCGAAUCGCCUAUGUCGGGACUGGCGCCACUGCUGUACAAGCUGUACCAGAAUUGGCCAGAUGGGGAAAGGAGUUAUACGUCUUUCAGCGCACUCCAUCGGCUGUGGAUAUUCGAGACAACCGUGAGACCGACCCUCAAGAAUGGAAGGCGAAAAUCGCCGGCAAGCAGGGUUGGCAGCGAGAAAGACAUGCGAACUAUCAUGCUUUCAUCUGCAAUGUUCCCGAGAAGCCGAAACUUGAUCUUGUGGAUGAUGCUUGGACGAAGAUGUGA